AGCAACAACAACAACAACAACAACAACAGCAACAACAACAACAACAUCACCAGCACCAGCAUCACCAGCACCAGCAGCAUCAUCAUCAACAACUGCAACAGCAACAAUUACCUGAGCAAAAAAAUGAAGCUGGUGCAAUGGAUCUUUCAGCACAGCAAAACCCUCCCCGUCACUUUUCCCCUUACAGAGAUCAUUUUAUGCAUCGACCUGCUUCAGUUGCCAUGAUGACAGAAGAUUUGAAGCAACCGUCGGAUCUCUUGGCAUCAUCAAACCACUAUUCCCAAGCUUCACAAUCUCAACCAUCACCCCAUCAACAGCAACAACAUCCUCACCCCCACUCUCAUCCACAUCAGCAUCAACAACCACAACCGUCAUCUCCCCAUCAACAACACGCUCACCUUUCUCACCGCAAUCCAUACUCACCUGCAUCCUAUUAUAAUUCCCCCUCCUAUUACCCUACGUUACCUGUGCCAUCCAAGUUGGACUCCCCCUCCACCCUUUCCACUAAUGCCAACGACCGAUUCAUCAACCAUUACAGUCCGAAUCCACCUGAACCCUAUGCAGCCGAAUCCCCCUCGCAGGAUGAAAAACAACAUGUCUGCACUCACCCCAACUGCCAACGCCGGUUUAAGCGUCUGGAACAUUUGAAGCGACAUAUGCGCAUCCACACGUCCGAACGACCUUUUCAAUGCACCUAUGCCGGCUGUCAAAAGUCGUUUUCUCGCUCAGAUAACUUGACUCAACAUCUGAAAACGCAUGAACGUCGUGGAUCGCGCUACCAUCAUCAUCUAACAUCUGAGAUGCCGCCACCAAACUCCGCCGUCAGUGGGUCCAACGGAGGUCCCAAUUCACUUGCUUUUGUCGAUUUCAUGCGAACCCCUGGUUAUAUGAUGGAUCAUUCUUUCCAUGACAGUAACAACGCGAUGCAUCAUUGGCGACCUCAUCCUCAUCCUCAUCAUCAACCACCACCACCACCUCCAUCUUCCUCUCAACCCUCCUCUCAAUCACAGCACGAACUCCAACAGCAUGCAGGCGAUGCUGUAGGAUGCUAGUUAUUUUUUCUUUGUUUUUUUGUCAAAUAGUGUUUUUAUUUCAUCACUUCUUUUUUUUCGUUAUUUCUUUCACAUAAUCGGUCAUCAUCAUCAAGUAAAGUAAAAAUAGUACGCUUUGAUCUUGAUUCAUAUCGAG